AAUGCUUGGCGCCGACCGUCGGUUCUUUCGAUGUGGGACUAAAUAAACAUCAACUCAAAUUUUUUCCUUCUUGAUUCCCCCUCUUGGAGUUGUGCCCCAAAAUGGCCGGAGGCGGAGACGGCCAUAAAGAAGCUCCGGAGCUCCGAACAGCCUCCAAGAUCGUGCUGGCCUCGGUCUCCGCCGCAGCGGCGGAGUCCUCCACCUUUCCUAUCGACAUCAUAAAGACGCGCCUUCAGCUCCGCGGCGAGUCCCCUCGCCCCACUUCCCUCCCUCGUUCGAUAGUUGGGAACUCCUUCAGUGUUGCGGCCGAGAUCUGGAGGAAGGGAGGCGUGUUGGGCUUCUACAGCGGCCUUACCCCUGCCCUCUUCCGUCACCUCUUUUACAGCCCUCUGAGGAUCAUCGGGUACGAGUACCUCCGGGGCGCUGCCGCCUUCGACGGAUCUCUCUUUGGAAAGGCGCUCGCAGGAGGGAUCUCUGGCGCUAUCGCUCAGAUUCUGGCAAGUCCUGCUGAUCUUAUCAAGGUAAGAAUGCAAGCAGAUGGGCGACUUCUAAACACCUCUAGGCAACCAAGGUAUGCCGGAGGGUUCGAUGCAUUGAGAAAGAUUGUCCAGAAGGAAGGCUUUCGAGGGCUUUGGACUGGAGUGGUUCCUAACGCUCAACGAGCAUUUUUGGUCAAUAUGGGAGAACUGACAUGCUAUGAUCAAGCAAAGCAUUUCAUCAUCCGCAAAGGUCUUUGUGACGAUAAUACAUAUGCUCAUACAUUGGCUUCAGUUGCCUCAGGCCUUUGUUCGACCUUUCUAAGCUGCCCACCGGAUGUUGUUAAAACAAGACUGAUGAAUCAGGGUUCUGGUAGAGAGGAAGCUUUAUACAGAAAUUCUUUUGAUUGUUUGUACAAGACGGUCAAGCACGAAGGUCUUAGUGCCCUUUGGAAGGGCUUUUUCCCUACAUGGGCAAGGCUAGGGCCUUGGCAGUUUGUUUUCUGGGUGUCUUACGAAAAGCUUCGGCAAAUCUCUGGUCUUUCAUCUUUCUGAUACAUUUCCUACUGUUCAGACAGUAGGGUUCUGAUUUUAAUCACCACAGUUAAUAAGUGUUUGUCGGCGCAACUGGUAAUUCAGAUUCAAAAGGACAAAGAUCAAGUUUAGUUUUUCUGUAGCUUUGCUUGACAGGAUCAUGAUAAUAGAGAGACAGUUGUGCUUGAGAAGAGAUCUGUUUCUGCUAGUUUGUCCAUUAAAUAUUAUGUUAGCUUUUGUGAUUUAGUCUGCAGUUGCAGUUUCGGAAAGGAAAAUUUGAUGUAGCAGUAAAACUCAUUAAAUAAAAUAAUAUCUGAAAUUUUGGAUUGGCA